AUGCAUAGCUUAGAUGAUGCCUCUAAUGCUCUCAUGGAUUUUGAAACAUGUUUAAGAUACAGUGUUGAGACGAAGAAAAGUUUCAUAUGUCUAGUGAGAAGAGUUAGAGAUCUUAAUGAAGAGGGUUUAGUGCAAGGAAUACAAAAAUCAAUAGAGAGACUUUAUAAAAAUGACUUUGUGGCGUGUUCUGUUUUGAAAGAUAUAGUUACAUCGAAGCCAAUUUUUGGAGACCAAGAAAUAACAUUCAAUAUUAUACCCAACUUGAAUCUUCUGUCAAAUGAAGAACAACUCGAUCUUACGAGACGUAUGAGGCGAAAUGAAAUGCCAUUUGAAAAACAGUUAAAAUUUCAGUUGUAUAUGGGUAUAGUAUUUUGGGAUCAUACUAGCGCUGAAGAUUCAGAUAUACAGAGUAAUAUUGAAAAUGAUUUGGUCCGUUCUAUCUUUCAAGUUGAAAAUACUUUGAGACAAAAGUUUUGGUUAUGUUGCUCUUUAAGUCAGUUCACGAAUGAAGGGUAUAGUGAUGGCUCUAGUGGUUAUGCAAGUGAAUGGGAAAGUCUAUAUGAUGAACCAGUGAUAAGCGAAAAGACACAAGAGAAAAGUUCAGCGAAACUUGAAGAUGUAUAUGUUCAAUCUUCAAUCCGAAGGUACAUCCUUGAUAUAAUGGUACAUAUCCGCAUGCAUAGGUUAGCUUAUAACGCUAAAGGUGGGGGAGCACAUACACGAUCCUUGGCUGAUGUCCUUUUGUUAUCAAAAUUGAUAAGCCGAGAUUGUAAAAGAGCAUUUGUAACACCGAAGGAAGUGAAAGCAGCAGCUGUUUGGUAUUUCCCCAUGCAUAUAUGUCUGAUUUCAAGAGCAUCGAUGGACACAAGUAUCCUUUAUGGAAGUAGGAAGGAAUUAGUCCAGCAAUUCCUGGAAAAAAUAGUGCAAGUAAAAAAUAUCAAACAGAGAGAGCUUAAUAACCCACUAUUUUUAGAAUAUCUUGUCGUCAAAGAUGUUUUGACCAAAAUCGUACCUCCGAUAUAG